AUGGGUAACGCUCAAAGACCUUCCUCAGAUGUGACAUUAGAGCAUUUUUAAAAAACAUUUCCCUCACUGGCCUGGUAUAUAAAUGACGAAAGUACAUUUUAAGAAAUAUUUGAGCAUGUUUAGCAAACAUGUGAAUUUCUUGAAAGUAGGAAUAUGGAUUGUAAGGAUAGAGUUUAUACAAAACGUACUAAGGAAAUGAAAUUGAGAAUAAAGGAGAUUAUUCGUAAGAGAUCCAAUAUUUUAGUCAAGAAAGAAGUUGAUCUCGAUAUGAUAGUUGAUUAUUUUUCUUAUGCUUGCAUUUAUGGUGAAGAUGUAGCAAAUGAUGCAGAUAAACCUGAGAAAGUGUAUCUUUAUGACUGGACAAAAUUAGUAAAAGAUAUACCAGAGAAAACACUAAAAAAUCAUAUGGUUAUUUAAAAAGAAUUAGAAAUGUAACGACCCUAGAUUGCAAUUGAUAUGCAAGAGAUAAGUGAACAAAAAGCAGUUUAGCAAGGAUAUGAAAACCUUGCUCAGAUGGAGUAUUUUACCAAUAUAGAUAAGUAUGAAGAUUUGAGUUUUAUUGAAAAAGACAAGCAAUUUGGUUUUAACCAAAAUGAGGACAGCCAAAUAAAUAAAUCAUUUAACCCUAAUCACGAGUAUGAGGUAAGUGUGAUGAUAAAUGAGUAAAAUCCAGAGGAACUAAUUGAUCAUGAUGAAUUGAGUUUCAGAAAUAAAACACACUCCAGACCAAGAAUUUGA